CCUACCGUGGACAGGCACUACGAUCUGUGGAUGGGUGAGCUGGGGGAGAGACUUGGCUCACCUACCAUGGGGGGAGGGGGAGCAAGUGGCGUCGCUGAUUAUGACUACCUGAUCAAGUUCCUGGCUCUAGGUGACUCGGGGGUCGGGAAAACAAGUUUCCUGUAUCAAUACACAGACAAUGUCUUCAACGGCAGGUUCAUAUCUACAGUUGGUAUCGACUUUAGGGAGAAACGUGUGGUCCACAGAACCUCCAAUCCUGAUGGCACCAUGGGACGGAGUCAUAGAGUACAUCUUCAGUUGUGGGACACUGCAGGACAAGAGAGGUUCCGCAGCCUGACGACAGCUUUCUUCAGGGACGCCAUGGGCUUCCUGCUGCUCUUUGAUCUGACCAAUGAGGAGUCUUUGGUCAACACAAGGAACUGGCUCACUCAGCUACAGACGCACGCCUACUGCGAGAACCCGGAUGUUGUGCUGUGUGGCAACAAGGCUGACCUUGAUGACGUCAGACGUGUGUCGGAGGACCGGGCCAGGGACAUGGCGGACAAGUUUGGGUUGACCUACUUUGAGACAAGCGCGGCCACGGGUCAGAACGUGGUCAAGGCCGUGGACUGUCUGCUGGACAAGGUCAUGGUCAGGAUGGAGAAGUCGGUGGACCUGUACCAGCAGCCUAAAAAUGGCGGCCCCAACACCCCCCACCCCAGGCAACAACACCCCCACAAGGGGGACGGCUGCCCUUGCUAGUGGGACCUGGCAGCCAAGUGUCAUCAAAAAUGUCAAUAUGACAUGUCAUUAUGACAUGUAAUGUAAUCCACUGUCAGGAUGAGA